AUAAACAACACAAUACAAGAAAGCUUGUUGACUUUUGAAUUAAUUAUGGCUUUACCCGAAGAAACCCAUGUUGUAAUCUUCCCCUUCAUGGCUCAGGGCCAUACUCUUCCAUUACUCGACCUUUCAAAAGCUCUCUCUCGUCAACAAAUUAAGGUCAGCAUCAUCACAACUCCAGGAAAUGCUAAAUCAAUCUCUAAAAAUAUAAGUUCAUCUUACAAUUCUCCACUAAUUUCUCUCAUCGAAAUCCCGUUUCCUGCUGUUGAUGGCCUUCCCGUCGGCUGUGAAAACACGUCUCAGCUUCCAUCAAUGGAGUUUCAUCUCCAUUUUGUUCAAGCUACAAAGAAUCUCAAAAAACCAUUCGAAGAAAUUCUGAAAACCAUGGUGGAAUCUGAAUCUCCUCCGGUUUGUGUUAUUUCUGAUUUCUUUUUGGGGUGGACGCUUGCUGUAUGCCAAUCUUUGGGUGUUCCACGGUUGGUUUUUCACGGUAUGGGUGUUUUAUCUAUGGCUAUUAGCAAAACUGUUUGGGUUCAUCAACCUCACUUGAAAGCGACGUCGGAUUUUGAGCCGUUAGAGAUGCCUGGUAUGAAACUUCCGUUCUCUUUGACAGCAGCUGACCUGCCUGAUUCAAUUAACCUGCCAGAUCACGACGACCCGAUGUCUCAAAUCAUUGAUGAAGUCGGAGCAGCUGAUGCUAAUAGCUGGGGUAUUGUGGUUAACAGCUUCGAAGAGCUUGAAAGAAGCCAUAUCCCAUCUUUUGAAGCUUUUUACGGCGGUAGAGCUAAGGCUUGGUGCUUAGGUCCUCUAGUUUUGUAUGACAAAGUGGAAGAUAAUUAUUAUAAUGACGACGGGAAGAAUUCAUCUGCGUUGAUGCAAUUUCUUUCUGAGCAGAUCACUCCAAAAUCUGCGAUCUACGUUUCGUUCGGUACACAAGCUGUUGUAUCCGAUGCUCAGCUCGACGAGGUGGCUUUUGGGUUACACGACUCAGAGUUUUCAUUUCUUUGGGUGGUCCGAUCAAAAACAUGGCGCUUACCUGAUGAAUUGGAAGAGAAGAUUAAAGGAAAAGGGUUUAUAACUAAUGAAUGGGUUGACCAACGUAAAAUAUUAUCUCAUCGUUCAACAGGAGGAUUCCUGAGUCAUUGUGGAUGGAACUCAGUUCUCGAAAGCGUCUCAGCUGGUGUGCCGAUUCUUGCUUGGCCUAUGAUCGCUGAGCAGCCGUUGAACGCGAAGCUGAUAGUGGACGGACUCGGAGCUGGGAUGAGUAUCAAAAGGGUGCGAAAUUCUGAGAGUGGAGUUGCGGUUACGAGGCGAGAUAUAUGCGACGGAGUUAGGGAGUUGAUGGGCGGAGAAAAGGGAAGGAAUGCGAGAGAAAGAGCAGAAGCCUUAGGACGGGUGGCGAGACGGGCGGUGCAAAAGGGUGGCUCGUCUGAUGAUAGUUUACGCAAGAUGAUUGACAAACUUCGUGCAUGUUAGACAACGUUUCAGUGAAUUUAGCUAUCUUAGAUCUUGUCCAAGGGGCUUAUAGUUGGCAACUUGGCGUGCGUGCAUGGUCCAUGUGCUUUCUUAUUCUUGAAUCUUGCCAGUUUGUUUUCAUGUUUUUUUACCGUACUAGGCCAUUGGAUUAUAUGUUUGGGUGGGUCAGCAUAUUAUAUUGUAAGUUAGAUA